GAAGCGGGUUCCAGGCGCAAACAAGAUGAUCGUCGAGCGCAAGAUCAAGGUUGUCACAGAACAACACAACAUCAACAAGCCGGCGGCACAGGAGGGCUACCCCAUGAAGGAGUGGACGGUCGAGCUCUAUAUUCUCGACCAAGAUGGCAAGGAGAGGCCCGCCAGGUGCUUCACGAAGGUGACCUACAACCUUCACCCUUCGUUCGCGAACCCUAUCCAAACUUUCAACGAUCCUCCCUUCAAAUGCACCAACGAGGGCUGGGGUGAAUUUGAGAUGAUCAUCGAUAUGUACACCACCGAGAAAGGCGGCAAGAUCUCGAUCGCGCACGACCUGAACUUCCAGCAAUCAGAGUACGAAAACAUCCAUACCGUCACCUUCCGUAACCCAUCUCAGGCGCUCCAGCAGCUCCUGAGAGAGACGGGCCCCUUGCCCUCGGACGAGGAGCGCAAGCAGAAGAAGGCGGUGGACGGCGGUUCCAAGAAGAAGCGGCCCUACGACAUCGAGCGUAUGGCGGAUGGCUUGACGAAGCUGGGCGAGGAUGACCUCCUGCAGGUCAUUCAGAUGAUCCACGAUCACAAGGAUGACAAUACGUACAUCCAGAACAACCUCGAUGCGGGCGAGUUCUCGGUGGAUCUCUACACUCUUCCUGACAACCUCAUGAAGAUGCUCUGGGAGUUCUUGGUCAAAGGCAACGUAGUCUCAUAGUACGACUUCCUUGGUCCAAGGAACCUACAGUAGUCGAUGGUCAUCGAUUUACGAAGUUAUUAGGGACGGGAACAUUCUUUCUUACUGAUCGCAGUGCGCACCAUACCAUACCCAGUACACCACCACCCUCUUUAUUCACUAUUAUUGAUCCCUUGACACUUCCAUCCACAUCAACAUCAACCACCUUCACCAUCAUGCCAUUAUAGCCUUAGGCUUCUUCGGCUCCUGCAUUAUCAUGGCGUUUAUGGAGUUAUGGUGGGAUACGCAAAAAGCAAAAAUUGAGCAAGAUUCAAGAGCUUCUCUUGACAAAAUUUGUGCUUGAUUUGUUCUUCCAGAUUUCUUUCUUUACGUGAAAUUCGAUGGUCUAGGGUGUGUUCCGUUGAACCGUUUCCUUUCUGCCGGUGGGAUCGUUGCCUUGAUUGGUGGUGUCUGCUCGUGAGGACUGCUCUUCACUGGAAGGGAGUGGCAUAGCUAAUCAGUUUGUGUUUUGGGCGGACCUUCAACCUUAUCAUGUGCAAGGUUGCCCCUCUAGGUAGGAUCGUCAUAGGGGAAUUUGAGAGUUUUCAAUGGAAAGAAAGGUUCGGGAAAGGAUGGGUAAGAGGUAGACAGGAGAUGUGAUGGAUCCCACGCCCAUGGAAUCUGGAAGGGGAAGAGAGCGGUUAUGUUGUAGGCGGUACCUAGUUCUCGAUCACGGUCUCUCUACGUUGCUUGUCGUAUGGCGGUACUAGAAGCAGAGAACAUAUGGCCAGUUUACACAAUUCAGGGUAUGGAGCAGCA